AUGGACGACGUGCGACUACCCAAACGACUCUUCUACGGAGACGUCGCGACCGGUUCUUGCCGCCAAGGGGUUCAAAUUCGCCGUUACAAUGACACUCUGAAGUCCUCCCUGAAGCGCCUGCAAAUCAACCCGACCAACUGGGAAGAGCUCGAACACGAUCGACCGACCUGGAGGAGAGCAGUGAAGACAGGCUCUGCGAUCUACGAAGCCAACCGCAUCGCCGCCGCCAAAGCGAAACGCGAAGCCCGCAAAUCCCAACUGGGGCCAGUCCGCAACGCGGACGCACAACCGCUACCUACGUGUCCUCGGUGUCAACGGACAUUCCGGGCUCUAAUUGGACUUGUCGGACAUCUUCGGAUCAACUGCGCCUCUCAGACUGCACCACCCAUCGUCCCCCCGCCUGCCUCUUCCUCCUCCUCUCCUCCGACAAGUAACUCUAACAAUUCUUCUGAAGCACCAAUUCCAUCCUCCUCCUCCUCCUCCUCCUCCUCCUCCUCCUCCUCAUCCUCCUCCUCCUCCUCCUCCACCACCACCACCACCACUACCCCAAUGGCGGCCGCUGAGGUGGCCGUCUCGCACAUCACCAACCCCGACACAACAACCGACACCUCCCCCACCUCUCCCGACUCAAGCGAUGAGGAUCGGGACUACACCUGCCCUCACUGCGACCGCACCUUCACCUCACACAUCGGCCUGGUCGGUCACCUGUGA